AUGGCUCCUUCAAUCUCCCCAGCACCCUAUGCAGACCCGCCCUGGCUCUCGCGCGACAUCAGCCCAUACUACAACGCGAGCCACCGGCGCCUCCAAGCCGAAGCGCGCGAAUACGUCGCCACGCAUAUCACGCCGUUCUGCGAAGACUGGGAGCGACAAGGUUCCGUGCCCAAGGAAGUCAUCCUCAAUCAUGCGCGGUUGGGAUACAUGGCCGUCUCGAUGUACCCGCUUGCCGUUGCGCAAAUAAAAGCCCUGGGCCAGAGGCUGCCUGGAGACGUCGAGCCGGAAGAGUGGGAUGGGUUCCACGAUUUGAUCGUGAUCGACGAGAUUGCCAGGUGUGGCUACUUGGGCGUGAUAUGGGCGUUGAGUUGCGGAAAUUCGAUCGGCGCUCCGCCUUUGAUAAACUUUGGGAACGAUGAACAGAAGGCGAGGUUCUUGCCAGACGUGAUUGCUGGCAGGUCGCGGUUUUGUCUUGGUGUGACGGAGCCCGAUGCCGGGUCUGACGUGGCAGGCAUCACAACGACGGCGGAGCGUCGCGGAGAUGUGUACAUUGUAAACGGAGCGAAGAAGUGGAUCACAAACGCCAUAUUCGCCGACUACUGCACCGCCGCGGUACGCACAGGUGGACCAGGCCGCGCGGGAGUAUCUGCUCUCAUAAUACCGCUCAGUUCGGCCGGUGUGAAAUGCAGCAAGAUCGAGAAUUCGGGCGUCAACGCCAGCGGCUCCACAUACAUCGAGUUUGACGAUGUCACGGUGCCGGCGUCGAAUCUCCUUGGCAAGGAGAACCGAGGCUUCGAUAUCAUCAUGUCGAAUUUCAACCAUGAACGACUCUGGCUGGCAUGUACAUCCCUUCGCAUGGCGCGAGUUUGCAUCGAAGAUGCUUAUGCCCAUGCGCUCAGAAGAGAAACUUUCGGCAAGCCCUUGAUUGCGAACCAGGUGAUCUCGGCUAAAUUCGCGGAUUUUGCCCGUGACGUCGAACCGGCAUAUGCAUAUCUGGAGUCAAUUGUGUACUUGACCGAGCAUGAGCGAAAGAGAAAGGCCCAAAACCUCAACCUUGGAGGGAUGAUCGCCACUCUAAAGACCAGCGCGGGGCGAGUACUGGAGCGCGUCAACCGGGAUGCGCAGCAGAUAAUGGGCGGAGCAGGGUAUUCAAGGACCGGUAAGGGUGCUAGAAUCGAGCAGAUUAGUCGAGAUGUUCGGGUUAUGGUGGUGGGCGGAGGCAGCGACGAGAUAUUGAGCGACCUUGCAGUCAAGCUGGAGACAAAAGAAUUACAAAGGUUGUCUCGUCCGUCGAGCAAAUUGUGA